GUUUUAAUAAUAAUUUUGAUAUGUUAAUAAAAGAUUAAUAGAAAAAUAUAAUAUAAAUAGUAAAGUUUAAUAAAUUUAAUUGAUGAUCUAAAUGUAAGAUGUGUAGGAAUCAAUGAUUCUUAAUUAGAUUUCAAGUGAUGAUGAGGAUGAUUAGGAGAGUCCUUUAAUAAAUUAAAAUUCUGUAGAAAUAAAAUAGUAAUAAAAAAACAAUGAUUAUGAACAAUCAAUAGUAUAGAUUCCAAGUGAUCUAUCAUUUAAUAAAAAUAUGGACAGAAGAAUAAAUUAAACAAUAGUUUUAUAAAACCAGGCAGAUGAAAUUACAUAGAAAUCAAUGAAGAAUGCAAAGGAGGCUUAUUAAAGAGAGAUAAUAAAAGAAUUAGUAUCAAAAUCGAAGAAGAGAUUUAAGGUAGAUGGAUUUAAUUUAGAUCUAACAUGUAAAAUUGAUAGUAAAUUUAGAUAUAACUGACAAUAUAAUUGCAAUGGGAUUUCCAGCUGAAAGUUUUGAAGCAAUAUAUAGAAAUCCGAUGCCAGAAGUGUAAAAAUUUUUAAAUAGUCGUCAUACUAAUAAUUAUAUGGUUUUUAACUUGUAAACAUACAACUACUAACUAGAUGUUCAGAACGUAAGUAUAAGCAUGAGUCUUUCUAUAAAGUGGCUGAGUUUCCUUUUGAUGAUCAUUAAGCACCUCCAUUUAACUUGAUAGUUGAAUUCUGUUAGAAAGUUCAUGAAUGGUUAAAUGGAAAUCCUAAUCAUGUUGUAGCAAUACAUUGUAAAGCUGGUAAAGGAAGAACUGGUGUUAUGGUUUGUUGCUAUUUGCUAUAUAGUGGAAAAUAUACUUCAAGUUAAGAUGCUUUAGCUUAUUAUGGUUUAGUUAGAACAUAAAAUAAAAAAGGAGUUACUAUUCCUAGUUAGAUUCGAUAUGUUCAUUAUUUCAGUUAUGCUCUAAAACAUGAAUUAAUUAAAAUGCCAUUUAGAUAAAUUGAAUUGGUAUCAGUUAGAUUAGUUGGUUUAUCUUAUGGAACAAUGAUUAGAAUUUAAAAUAAUGAUAGGUAAUUAAUUGAGAAGGCUUAGAUUGUUUCAGAAAAAGAAAUAAUCUUUGCAUUUAAUGAUAUAUUUUUGUUAGGAGAUGUUCUUAUUUAAAUAUUUCAUAAAUCUAUAGUUUCAGAAUCCAAGAUAUUAUAAGCUUGGUUUAAUACUAAUUUUGUAUCCCUUUCCCCUAAAGAAUAAGUGUUUAAAGCAGAAGAAUUGGAUAUGACCAAAAAAUCAUUGAAACAUUCUAAAUAAAUUCAUAUGGAAUUAUUAUUUGAAUAAGUAGUUUAGACUAGAUAGAGAUCUAAUUGUUUCUAAAAAUAAAAAUGAUUUAUAAUUAAC